UAAUUGUUUAUAAUUUGAAGCUCAAUAUUUAAUAGACAUUACGCAAACAUAAUAAUAACUAGUAGUAAUCCAUGAUGAUUCUUUGUUUGCCGCCUAUAAAAAUUGAUGGUCAGUAUCUAGAAUAUAUCAUGAGUAUAUGACCCUUUGAUAGUAUACAAAAGAAAUGAAGAUUGAAGAGUUGAGACUUAAUAGCAGAUUUUCUUGGAAUAAUCUUCCAUUUUUUUUUCUAAUUAUGAUAUAUGUCAUUGAGUUUCAAUGGGUAGAUUUGUCAUGCAAAAUAUCAUUAAUUUUUUUUCCAAAAUUAACAAAUAUAAAAACAAAAAUACGAGUUACAUUUGUUGUUCGAAAAAAAUAAAAGAUAUAGACGAGUGCAAAUUAAAUUUCAAUGUUAGUGACAUUAAUAAAUUAAUUGCCUAACAAUUCAUUAAGAAUUCUAAACCUCCAAAUUCCAAAAAAUUUAAACCUCAUCAAAUUUGUCAUUUAUGCACCUAAUUAAGUUGUCGAUAUUGCCAAUGUAAGUGAAAUUGAUACCUAACAUUUUCAUUUUGGGGCAGGCAGUUUGGUAAAUGGCCAGAUUCUACAAAUAAGCCUAUAGCAAUUCAAGUAUUCAACACAUGGGCAUGAUAGUGAAGAUCGUCUCCCUCUCUGUUAUAUUUAUGUAGCGCAAACUGAUGCCAUACGUACCCCAAACCAACCGCCAGAAAAAUGGAGUACUUCCUCCUCAGUUGCCUCCUCUGCCUCCUCUGCACCCUCACCGUCCUCCAGUUCCUGGCAAGAAGACCCAACAAAACUCCGGCCAACCUCCUGCCGGGUCCAGCCCGGCUUCCAAUAAUAGGCAACCUCCACAAUCUGGGCGACCAGCCCCACAAAUCACUAGCCGAUCUAGCCAAGAUUCACGGGCCCUUGAUGAGCCUAAAGCUCGGCCAAAUCACCACCAUCGUCGCUUCUUCCCCUGCCGUCGCCAGAGAAAUCCUACGAAAGCAUGACCAAGCCCUCUGCGAGCGCCAGCUCAUCCUCGCCAUACAAGCCCUCGACCACCACCAGUCCGGUCUGCCGUGGCUCCCCGUCGAAUCCAAGUGGAGGAACCUCAGAAAAGUUUGCAACUCCUACCUCUUCACUACCCAGAAGCUGGAUUCCAACCAGGGCCUCCGCAGGAAGAAGAUUGAGGAGCUCCUCGAAGGUGUUCGACGAAAUGGCUGUGAGACGGGGAAAGCGGUGGAUAUCGGGAGAGAGGCGUUCAGGGCCACCUUGAAUGCUCUGUCCAUGACGAUUCUUUCGUUGGAUCUCGCAAAUGAUGACGAGGGAUGCGCCAAGGAGUUCAAGGAGAUUGCGAAUGGGAUUAUGACAGAGGCCGGGAAAUCCAAUUUGGGAGACUACUACCCUGUUCUGGGCAAGAUGGAUUUGCAGGGAAUACAGAGGCGGACGAGUACUCAUUUCCGGAGAGCUCGGGAACUGUUUGGUUCAGUGGUCGACGGACGGCUGGUGAAGCUGAAGUCGGAGAGCUAUGUCUCCGGUAAUGACAUGUUCGACACACUUCUUGCCUUUGGAGAUGAGAAUAGUCACGGGGCUUCCAUGGAUACAGAGCAGAUUAAAAGCUUGUUUUUGGAUCUAUUUAUAGCUGGGACUGAUACAACUACAAGCACUUUAGAAUGGGCCAUGGCUGAGCUCUUACGCAAUCCCAAUGCACUUACUAAGGUACAAGAAGAACUAGAUCAGACGAUCGGAAAAGGAAAUCAUCUUCAAGAAUCAGACAUUCAUCGAUUACCCUACACUACAAAAAAAGUGAGCUAUGCCAAGGGCUCUGUACCAAGGGUUUAGUAAACCGCUGCUAAUUUGAUUCCGGACGCACAGUUUCACGGGUUCGUUCAGGGGUUCGGAAACCCCCGCUACUGACUUAACUACUAAAAAUUCAAUCUAUCGGGAAACUCUUUGACACAACAACCCGUCUCUUCAUCUUCCCAACCCCUAUUAUCACAAAUGCUUUUCGCCAUCUCCCCUCCAUAACAAAAUCCCCAAUUUCCAGCUCUUAUGCCCGUGAAAUGAAAACGAACGCUGAUCUCUCUCUCCCUCCAAUUGAAUCAGUGGCGAUUCUCCGGUCUCUCUCUCUCGAUCAGGCGUAAAACGGUAGAAAUUCUGUGAUUCUCCUAUUCUAUGAUAAGGUUCUAUCUCUUUCUCACUCUCUUGCGCGCUCUCAACCUCUCUCUCUCAUGCGCGCGUGAGCUCUCUCUCUGGCGGCCGUUGGAGCAAAUGGCGGCCAAGUUGGAGAUGGCAUUGCUCGAGUUGUGUAAGUUUGUGAUAAAAGUGUUGAACUUCU